AUGUCUGAAAGUGAUGAGGGAAGUAAAGGUCCGGAGAAGGAAGGGAACCAAAAUGGCAUCCAUAGGGGAGAGAAGCCGAGGGGCAAGAAACGGGCUUCCUCCUCUGAAGGCCUCUUGCAGCCGGUGAAGUUGGGCAAAAGCGAGCUCUACAAGGUGCCCACCAACGAAGAACUGAGCCACCUCAAGGAGACGGAGAACCUGUUCCAUUCCAACCUUCUGCGCCUACAGAUCGAGGAACUGUUGAAGGAGGUGACCCUCAAGGAGAAGAAGAAGCAGAGGAUUGAUGCCUUCCUUCACGAAAUCAGCGCCAUGCUCAGGAACGUCCCGGAGCUUUCGGCAAGAGACAUCACUGACCAGUCGUGGCUGCCCAAGGGAGUGAAGGUCCCUAUCCUGCAGGUUCCUUUCAAGGUGAAGGGCAAGUUCCAUUUUCUGCCCCCAGCAGAGGUAAAGGUGGUGGGAAGUUACCUGCUGGGCACCUGUAUCAAGCCGGAAGUGAACGUGGACGUUGCAGUGACCAUGCCCAAAGAAGUUUUCCAAGAGAAGGACAACCUCAACCAGCGCUACCACCGCAAGAGGGCCCUCUACCUGGCCCACCUGGCCCAGCACCUGGCCAAGGGGAACCACUUUGGGAGUGUGGCCUUUGCCUACGCGAACGGCAACCAUUUGAAGCCCCUUGUGCUCCUCCAGCCACAAGGGAAGGAUGCAAAGACGGUGACGGUCCGCCUCCAUGCCUGCCCAGCCCCAGGGGUCUUCAGGCCCAUCCGUUUGCACCCCUGCAAAAACAACAUCCGUACUGCUUGGUUCACGGAGAAGGACUCACCUGCGACAGGAGUAGCUGAACCCCCCACCCCCCAUUACAACAACUCCAUUUUGUGGGACCUGGUGAUGGAGACCAACCUGCUCUACCUCUCCGAGGCCGCCAGCACCUUCCGAGGCUUCCAAGAUGGGGUGGCCCUCCUCAAAGUUUGGCUCCGCCAGCGAGAGCUCUAUCAGGGUCUGGGAUGUUUCAACGGCUUCAUUGCAUCCAUGCUGGUGGGAAACCUCUUGGCCACUCACAAGAUCAGCAAAAUGAUGAGUGGGUACCAGGUGUUACGAAACGUUCUCCAUUUCUUAGCUACUACAGAUCUCACUACGUCUGGAAUCAGCCUGUCAAAAGACACAGAGCCCAGUCUGCCUUCCCUGACGGACUUCCACCAAGCGUUUCAAGUGGUGCUUGUGGACUCUUCUGGACUGGUGAACCUGUGUGCGGAUAUGACUGCCAACACUUACAAGCAGGUCCAGUUUGAAGCCAGGCAGUCGAUGGAGGUUCUGGAUGACAAAACAGUGGAUGGGUUUCAGUUGCUCUUUAUCACCCCCAAGCCUCUGAUCCGGACCUUUGAUCACGUCUUUCACCUCCGUCACGUCUCCAAACUCCAGACGGCUUGCAAGAAGAUGCAGCUGCUCAACGCGUUGAUGGACCGGGGUGGGAGUUACGUGGCCGCCGUCCUCCCGUUCUUCCUCAGCCUCCUGGAGCGCGGACUGGCCCGCCGGCUGGUGCUCCUGGCUCAUCAGUUGCCUCAGAGCCAUCCGUGGCCGAUCCAUGUGGAUCCCCCAAAGCACAAAGACGUCGGUUCCUUAUCCUUCGGACUGUUGCUAAAUCUUGACUUCGCAACCAGUGUUUUGGAGCGAGGACCUGAAGCCAAUAAAGAGGAGGCCGUGGAGUUUCGGCAAUUUUGGGGAGAGCGGUCGGAGCUGAGACGUUUCCAAGAUGGCGUCAUCUGCGAGGCCGUUUUGUGGAACGCUGCAAACCUGUGCCAGAAACGUCUUAUUCCGGAGCAAAUCAUACGUCAUAUCUUGAAACUGCACCUGGCUGUUCCAGAGACUUCCAUCUCUUACACGGGGGCCCUGCUGGAGCCCUUAAUUAAAGUGGGGCGUGAGAUUGUAGGGACUGGCGAGGAAGACAUGGUGAGCCUGAUCCGUUCCUAUGACGAUCUGAGCCGCAAGCUUUGGCACCUGAAGGGGCUGCCCUUGACGGUGACGGCGGUGCAAGGAGCCCACCCCGCCCUUCGAUACACAGAGACUUUUCCUCCGGUCCCUGUGAAACCAGACCAUACAUCCCAUCACAAGAACAAAAAGCGAGCAUCCUUUCUCCCCGUGGCGGAAAAACCGUGUCCUGCUUACGUGGCCCCAAUAAAAGUGAUUUGCCAGAUGGAGGGAAGCGGUCAGUGGCCGCGGAACAAGGAGGCCAUUCAGCGCAUCAAAGCAGCUUUCCAGAUACAACUAGCGGAAGUCCUGAAUGAGCAGCACCAUCUACUCUGCCGGCCAUCCGCCACCUACACUGAUAUACAUAAGAAUGGCUACGUCUUCCGCCUGCGAGUGGUCUACCAUCGAGAGCCCCAGAUCCUGAAGGAGGUGGUCACUCCGGAGGGGAUGCUGAAGUACCAGGAGAGUCCAGAGUCUCAGCAGCUGGAACUUGAGACGUUGCAUUUGCCCUUCUUGACUAGCUCGCUCCACGGCCUCCAGCAACAAUAUCCAGCUUUUAGCGGCAGCUGCCGUCUCGCCAAGCGAUGGAUCAGCGCCCAGAUGCUGAGCGACAGCCUUGCGGAGGAGGCUGUGGAUUUAUUAGCGGCCUUCCUUUUCCUCUCUCCAGCUCCGUUCACGGCACCCAGCUCUCCCCAAGUGGGCUUCCUUCGGUUCCUUCACCUGCUCGCCACCUUUGACUGGAAGAACAGCCCAGUUUUGGUGAACCUCAACGGUGACCUCAAAGAGGCAGAUUAUGUAGCAAUCAGGAACCACUUUAUGGAAGCCCGGCCUCAACUCCCAGCCAUGUUCAUUGCUACCCCGAAAGACCAACAAUUGUCACUGUGGACCAGAGAGAAGCCAUCACCUCAGAUCCUCCAGCGUCUGCUUGUGCUGGCCCAAGAGUCCCUUCAGGUGUUGGAGAAGCAACUUAUGGAUCCUCUCGGGACCCAGGAUCUGAAGAUGGUCUUCCGGCCUCCACUGGAUCUUUAUGAUGUCCUCAUCCACCUGAACCCCAAGCAGAUCCCCAGGUACCCGGAGGCCGUCGACCGGCCCACCUGGUCCUUCUACCGGGGGAUGUUGAAGUGGAACAACAUCACAAAAACCAUUUCUUUCCCAGUGGUGGAUUUUGACCCCGUCCAGUGCUACCUGCAGGAGCUCCAAGAAGCCUUUAGUGACUUUGCCCUGUUCUUCUAUGACAAAUAUGGAGGAGACGUUAUUGGGGUCCUCUGGAAGCCUUCGGCCUUUGAACCGCAGCCCUUCAAGGUAUCAAACAUUAAAGGGAGGAUGAUGUCCAGACUAAGUUCUCCGCCAACGGUGGUUCCAAACGUGGAAGCCAUUUUGGAAGACUUCCAGAUCUUGGGAAAAGGCCUGGUCAAAAAGGUGGAAGCUCGGACAGAGAAAUGGUCCAUCUGAAAACAUCUGGGCUCCUCCAUGGAUUUGGAACUGUUGAGGGUGUGUUCUUCUUGCCCAUAACUUUUUUUC